AUGUCUCAAAACGUUUACAUUGUAUCGACCGCCAGAACCCCAAUUGGUUCAUUCCAAGGUUCUUUAUCUUCCAAGACAGCUGUGGAAUUGGGUGCUGCUGCUUUGAAAGGUGCCCUAGCCAAGGUUCCAGAAUUGGAUGCCUCCAAAGACUUCGAUGAAAUCAUCUUCGGUAACGUCCUUUCUGCUAAUUUGGGACAGGCCCCAGCUAGACAAGUCGCUUUGACCGCUGGUUUGGGAAACCAUAUCGUCGCUAGUACGGUUAACAAAGUUUGUGCAUCCGCCAUGAAAGCUAUCAUUUUGGGUGCUCAAUCCAUCAAGUGUGGCAAUGCUGAUGUAGUCGUGGCCGGUGGCUGCGAAUCCAUGACCAACGCUCCAUACUACAUGCCAGCGGCCCGUGGGGGAGCUAAGUUUGGUCAGACUGUUCUCAUUGACGGUGUCGAAAGAGACGGGCUCAACGAUGCGUACGAUGGCUUAGCCAUGGGUGUUCAUGCAGAAAAGUGUGCUCGUGAUUGGGAUAUUACCAGAGAACAACAGGACAACUUUGCCAUUGAAUCCUACCAAAAAUCUCAAAAAUCUCAAAAGGAAGGGAAAUUUGACAGGGAAAUUGUACCAGUUACAAUCAAAGGAUUCAGAGGAAAGCCAGAUACUCAAGUGGCAAAUGAUGAAGAGCCAGCUAGACUGCACGUUGAAAAAUUGAAAUCGGCAAGAACUGUUUUCCAGAGAGAGAAUGGUACCGUCACUGCUGCCAACGCUUCUCCAAUCAACGAUGGUGCCGCAGCUGUCAUUUUGGUGUCUGAAAAGAUCUUAAAGGAAAAGAAUUUGAAACCUCUAGCUAUUAUCAAGGGUUGGGGUGAAGCUGCUCACCAACCGGCUGAUUUCACAUGGGCUCCAUCUCUUGCUGUUCCAAAGGCUUUGAAACAUGCUGGUAUCGAAGAUAUCAGCUCCGUAGACUACUUUGAGUUUAACGAAGCCUUUUCCGUGGUCGGCCUGGUCAACACUAAGAUCUUGAAGCUAGAUCCAUCGAAGGUUAAUGUAUACGGUGGUGCUGUUGCCUUAGGGCAUCCAUUGGGUUGCUCUGGUGCCAGAGUGGUCGUUACUCUGCUAUCCAUUCUACAACAAGAAGGAGGUAAGAUCGGUGUUGCUGCCAUCUGUAAUGGUGGCGGUGGUGCUUCAUCCAUCGUCAUUGAAAAGAUAUGA